CAGAGUUGCUCGAUCUUGCAGUGCGUAUCCACAUCAUCUGGAAAGUGAGACUUGAAGAGCGUGAUAAAGAGCUGAGCUCUGAUCAUUUGGAAGACACAGAACUCCCGAGUUCCAGGAAGCCCUCCAUAAAAUAUUCGACCCCAGAGGUUCCUGCCACAUUAUUAAACGUGACGAAUCUCUGGAAACAAACCUGA